AUGGCGGCGUCCACUGGAUUUACAAUUACUGCGUAACUUUUUUUUUUUCAUGAAUAUAGCGUCAUGGACGAAAGGAUUAUUCGUUUGUGUGAAGAAAACAAUGUGACUUCUCUCGUUCAGGCUCUUUCAUCACUGAAUAGUCAAAAGGUAAGAAUGUUGCAGCGGUAGAUGUCAGUUGUGGGGAAUACAGAUUUUUCGAACCCUAAAGCUUAAAAGAGAAAUGGAAAUUGAUUUGGAAAGUGGGUGUUCGAAAACUCGACGGUGGCAUUGAGUCACUCUUGUUUUACCAUAGUGUUGUCUUAUUAGACCCAAGAAGGCCUCAGACAGCAACGAUAUUAUAUUUUAUUAUAGAACUGACCUGCAUGUCAAAACAAAACAAAACCACAGAAAACCAUUGAGCUUACUGUAAGUAAGCUCAAUUUUAUUGAUUUUCAAGUGAUUGUAGUAAUUGCAAGCGAGUGUCUUUUUUUCCCGACUAUUAACUCUUUACUUAGCUCUGAUUUUUUCAAGUGUUAUUUAUAUUUUCAUCAUUAUUUUCUGAAUUGUUCAUAUAAACAGGUUGUGGAUCUUUUUGAGGCCAGAGCUUUAGAGGGAAGGGGUGAACCAGUUCCCUAUCUUAAAGCUGUAUUCAAAGGUUAGUAGGCCUGUAGCUUAGAGGGUGUUUACAUGAGAAAACUCGCAUCGGCGCAAGUUUCAUAUCGGCAUGACUUUUUGAUUUUGUAUCAUGAUCAUGGGUCAUUUCCUAUCUGGCUUAUUUGAUGGUACACUUCAUGUUGAUAAAAUAUAUGUGCAAUUCAAAAUUGCAAACAUUACGCAUGCGCUACCCAUUCCGGUCGAAUUCACACCGAAGACCGUGGUCGUUACGCGUUUACAUGAUACCGUUGUAAGAUUUCGUACUGGAGUGAAAUUCUCGCCCCGGUACAACAACCAGGGUGAACUCAUGCCGGGGUGACUCGCGCCGGCAUGACAUUUUGUGGUGGUAUCAUGUAUAAAACAAAUGCAGAGCCAUGAGAGGAAACUGGAGUGAUCUUGUGCCAGCGCGAAAGUCACCCUGGUUUCAUGUAAACACCUCCUUACACUGUUAAAACAUAUUUCAAAUUGUCAUAGAGCAAGAGUUUUGCCUGCAAUAGCACGCAAUCUCGUUGGUUACUUCAAGGUCACAUGACAUAUAAUAAUUUAUAACUCUGAGUGGGCAAAUGGUGAUUAUAUGUAUAGAGCGGUUUUCACUUGACUGUCGUAAAACCAAAACCAAAGUAAAUACACUAGCCAACCAAAGGACGUAGUAAGACCAAAACCAAAACCAAAACCAAUCUCAAUUCGACAGUCAAGUGAAAACCGCUCUAUACAUAUGAAUAUUAAUCCUCAACAGCUAUGCACAAGCUAUUUUUUUUCUGUACUAUAGGUUCACCCUGUGACACUAAAGUUGGUUUAGAAAGGCGUACCAUUGUGUUUAAGCAUGCUAUUCAAGUACUUAAUGAUGGUGACGUUAGUAACAAGGUAUUUUAAUACCAAAAGAUAUUGUACUUUGUUUUGCUUGAGUUCAUCCUCGGAGACCCAGGGGCAGAUAGUGGGGACGAGGGAAAGUCUAAACGGGCAGAAAAGUAUACAUGGAAUGAAGAAAAGUAAAGAACGGCGAGAAGAGCCCCUGGGGACAAUGUCUUACCAGACCAGUUCCAAACGGUCGCUGCCGUUCUGGCUUCUGAUUGGUGCCAGAAAGCUUGUUUUUUUCUGGCACCAAUCAGAAGCCAGAACGGCGGCGACCGUUUGGAACUGGUCUGGUAAGACAUUGUCCCCAGGGGCUCUUCUCGCCGUUCUUUACUUUUCUUCGUUCCAUGUAUAUUUUUCCGCCCGUUUAGACUUUCCCUCGCCCCCUUUAUCUGCCCCUGGGUCUCCGAGGAUGGCUUGAGUUUAGAAUGAAAAAAAAGUUCAACCCAGUGUGCCCAACUGAAAAUGCAGCCACAAAUGCAGUGCAACUGAAAUUUUAAGGGAUUUGUAUGAAGCUUGGUAACUGCCCCAAGAUUUCCUUGUCUACUUGUCAAAAUAGUGUCAAAAACCGUGACAAGGUCUAUGUAAUGCUUUUGCUACCUACAACUAGCCAUUCCAACACUUCAUGUAUUUCAAUAAUUCCAUUGCCUCACUUUACAAAUGUCAAUGUUGAAAUAAAGGAAACAAGUUAAAAAAGACUAGGAGCACAAAGCAUGGAAACUGUGGUGGAUGACUAGUUGUUUCACCUUUUUUGCCAGGUUGCUUCUGAGAUUGUGGGAUUUUUGCUAAUGGAGGUACUUUACAAAAUUAAACAAACAGAUAGUAACAAUAAUUUCUUUAUAAACUAAGGGCACUUUUCAUUAAUUUGUCAGAACUGACCGGCCAGACGAUUUCCAUUGUAAUGAGAAUUUCACUUUAAUCAAAACUAUCCAGCCAGAUCAGUCAAAUCCUAAAAUUAAUAGUAUACAAGAAAGAGUUGUUUUGUUCAGCAAAACUAAUGGGAAAAGCCUAUUUAUUUGUCAAAAUGACUGGUCCUUCCAUAGUCGGGCCAGCCAGUUCUGACUUUUAGAAACUGUCCUAAGAAGCCUGCAAAGGUAGGUCACAAAAAAGAAUAUUCGAAAGUGAAUGAAUGGCAGUACAUUACAUGUUCAGGUUACAAAGAAAGUCAGUUUUACAGCUUGCCACUUGGGCAAGCUGUAGCUAGUGUGUACUACCCCAAGAGUUAUUUUAACUGGCCCGAACAAAUUUUCUGAUGAGUAGGAUUGAUCACAGUUCUUCUGUAACUAGAAUUCCCCAAAACACUUCAUUUACCCUUCGGGCAAGUUAAGAACAAGAUUCACUAGCCCAAAACAAAAUACACUAGCCCAAGGCUAUUGGACACUAUGUUCUUUGCACACUGGUCAUACAUGUACAUUAGUAGGAAAGCAGGGCCAGUAAGCUUUCCUUAGAUUUUAAUCUUACCAAUAUCCACAUUUUGGUUCUUUGUCUGCUAUUCCUGGUUGAAUUGGAGUUUGAAGAUGUUAGUUUUUGAGGAGAAGGGAAAACCAGAGUACCCAGAGAAAAACCUCUCGGAGCAAAGAGAACCAACAGCAAACUCAACCCACAUAUGGUGUCAAUGCCAGGAUUUGAACCUAAGCCACAUUUUCUGGGAGGCGAACAUUCUCACCACUGCGUUACCUUUGUGUGCUUUCGCAUGUACAGAAUCUGUUGCAGAAGUAAUAUGUGUUAUAUAGUAUAGAAAUUAUGAUAUUCCCAUGUAACAUCAUACAAAUUGGAUGUUAAGGCAGGGCUGUACUCUAACAGUGCCUGGUGGCACUUGCAGGUGCCUUACAUUUGCUCUUGGGUAAGUAGGAAAAAUUAGUUUUUACAUAAAAAUUGUAUGCUGGGCAUAAGACAUUUAAUGCCAGUUCAAAGAAGUACUACCAAUAGUUGUGUGGCAAGUAUGUCAACCAUGCCAUUCUGUACUAAACCAAACUUUUUUCAGUCUGUGGCCACUUUUUCUUUAAAACUUAUAUCACUAUAAUGUCAAACACCAACAAAUUAAGUCAGUCUAACAUUUUAACAAUUGCCUGAUUGUAUCGUUUUAUAAUCAGUGUCAGAAAAACCUGAAGUGACAAAAUCUUUCCCUCAUUCAAUAGCUUGAUGCAUUUCCUGGAAACAUUCUUGCAGACUUAGCAGAUGUGUUCAUUAAUGCCAUUAAGAGUGGUUCCCUAAGCAAUGGAAAGUAAGUAAUAUUUGUUUAUUGAUAAGUUACAAACACAAAAAUUUCUUUCAAGGAAAAUGCCAGGUUAUCAAAACUUGUUCUCAAGUAACAUAACACUUGUGUUACAGUCAUUUUGCACAGAGCCAUUUGUUUUUAUGACAUGUGGAACACACCCGUUGCCUCAGGCAUUAAUUUUUUGAAGGAUCAACAGUCAGUUUGCUCGUCUUUAACCCUAAACAGAUCACUGGAAUUGUUCCCUAAAGUGUUGUCUGCUGUAGCAGCCAAGGACUCUAUUCCAAUGGUGGGAGGUAAGAAAAUCAAUUUUUUGAACAAGUGGAACAAGUGUUUCUUCUACAAACUAGGACCAUUUGGCAAAAAAAAACACUAAAAAAAGCAUCUUUUUGUUAACAUUCAUAAACUUGCCAAGUUUGAAAGUAAUAUGUCUAAAACAAGCAAAGAUAUAGCUCUCCAAAUUCCCUAAAUUAUACAACAGUGAAUUUGCAACCAGAGUUCUAUCUUCAUUCUUUUUACACAAUUCAAUCUUAAUCAUGGCAGUUGGCUCUCCUUUUUAGGCUCUUUUUUAACCAAUGUCAAUGGAUUUUUACUAACUAUUCUGUGGUAUCAGAAUUUGAUGGGUCUAUGCCUAAGUUUAUACUUUGUUACUUGACAGAGGACUAGAAGUAGAGGCCCACCAUAAUUGACCUUUGGAGGGCUUUAUAGUUGCUCCUCUCCAAGUCAUCUUGCUGAUUUCUAUGAUAAAGUAGCCUUUAUUUGUUAAUAGAGAGCUUAAGCAACAAUGACAAUGACAACAUCACAAAAUUAUUGCUUUUAUGAGUGAAACAACAGCUCUGCAUCACACUUUUUAGUACAUUUCCUUGAUGUCCACUGCACAAGUAUGUCAAUGAAAUAAAACCUCCUUGCAACGUUUUAUGGACAGCUUGAAAAUAUGACAACAAAUUUUCCAUUCUUUUUUUGAACCUGGAUAAAGUGCAGUGAAUAAUUCAACUCUAGGAAAAGUAACCUACAUUUGACAAAUUGAGUGGGUUUAAAAGGUUGCAAUAAACUUUGAAAGGACACAAAUAAAUUUUUUUAGCAUUGUUUUCAUUACCUAGAUCGUCGUCUUUGCUUUAGCUCCCUAACGUCUCUGAUGCCUAUGUACUUUUGUGGCAAAGCUAGAUAAGAUAAAAAUGAGUUUCUAAAGUGGCUUUUGUGUAGGCAGGCAUGGUUAAGGAAGCUAGUGCAAAUACAGGAGACAGUUUGACAUGUUUUUUAAAAUAGUGCUAAUUGUUAGUGGGUUUUAAUACUGUGUUUAUUACUCUAAGAUAGCUGUGCAGUGUUGAUCUACAAGUUGGCAGAUAAUUGUGCUUAGAAAUAUUAAGUACAUUCAUUACCUGAGCAUUGUUUUUAUUGCAUAGAAUGUGGAGGUGAAAUGGCAGGGCAGGAGUACAAGAGACACCUACUUAACACUCUUUGCUCAAGCAGGUCAGUAGUUUGAAUUUUGCUGUUGAUAUGUGCAAGCAUUUUUCAUUUAUUUACUUGUCAACGUGGUGAUAACUCUGGACUAAGGGAACGAAGGGGGUGAGUGUAAAUAAGGUAAAAGAAAUUCUAGAGCAUGUGUUGGGUUGUAGCACCUAUAUCUCCUCUAGAAUCAGGCAGGCAAAUCAUUUUUCUUUUUAAAGGGCCUUAUGUCCAACCAGGUCUCCAUUGUGAAGAUGAAAUAAUCAGCAAAUGUCAUGAGCGUGGGACAAAGAGAAAAGCCUACGUCCUCAACAGGAUUCAAACCUGUGACCUCCCAAACACCGGGUGGGCGCUCUAUCCACUGAGCUACGGAGAACCCAUGAAGAGCGAGGCCAUGCUGUAUACCAGGUUCUUAUUGGAAACGCGUCCUGUAUACUCAUCAUUACUGUUGGGAUCGUACUACAUGGUGAAAGAAAAUACUAAGUGAAUUUGUUGGUCACACAUUAAGCUUAAUAUUUUUUUAUUUUAUUUUCAUUAAAGAAAGGUUAAUUAAUACUUUAAAGUAUCAAAAGUCAGCUUCAACUUGAAAAUAUUAGGUACUUGGGUCUGACUGAAGUAGGAUUUGACAUCAUCUAAUAAUAGACUGUUAUUUGCAGCUCUGAGAUUUUAAAGUUAGAAAGUGUGAAAAUUAAUGUUUCUUCUCCACAAGCUCUGCCUUAUUGAGCUGAUUGGGUUCUGAGAUGAGAAACAAUCCAGUGGAAAACAUCUUCAGUUGUCAUCUCGUUUAAUUUUCAGAUGGGAUCCUCAAUGUGCCAUACAUCUAGCUGCUGUUUUCAGGUGAAUUUUUGUUCUUGUCAGUAGCUGUCCAAGUGUCCUUAGGCUUUUGAAUAAGACAAAAACAAUGUGAGAUAAUUCAAGGUGUCUUAAUCUAAAAUCAGAUCCUCAUCCAUGGUUGUCCUCCUUUUUUUUUGCUGUUAUCAGUGCUAUUAUUGGAAGUCAUACAUAGAGUUAGACAUACUACUCAUUAACCGAGGGAGAGGUCAUUACAGGGUAUUCUCAGACCAAUGUAUUGUAUCGCUCAGUCAGUACAGCAAAGCUGAUGUCUGAGAUUUCCCUGUAAUGACCGAAUGGAUGAGGUUAAUAAGUCGUUUAUUAUAUGGCCUUUUCAUUAUGGACCUGAGCCUGCGAUCAAUUAAAAUCAACAACUGGUCAGCGGAUAACUUUUAAAAAAACACAACACCUCAAUGAGUUGUGGCUUGAGCCUGCGUUACAGUCAGGUGACACUGGCCAGUGGAUGCUCUUUUUGACAGCUGUCAACUGACCAUAACAUGGAUGUCCAUAAGGACGUCCACUAUCAAGUUAAGCACAGAUUGUAUAUGCCUUAAUACACCUAGCUAGUAAUGCCCGGUCAUUACAAGAGAAUAAUGCCCUGUCAUAAUAAGAAAACAGCAAAUCAGAGUACGCAUUCUAUUGUAGCAAUAUAAUUAAAUAAUAUUCCUUUUUCUCUUUUAAGUACCCAGGCAUCAGAAAAAUAUAUCUCUAACUGUACCUUGAUUUCCAUUCUUUCUUGUUGAUAUUCUGAACCCUUCAUCUAAAGUGCUAAAACACAAGUUCUCACCAUGCAGUCAGCAGCAGAUUCAGGUUGUCAAAGGGACUUAGCUUUUUACAUUAACUGUAUCAUAUCUUAAGUAACUGCAAAUAGGCAUAGGUCUGACUCAACUGGUUUUUGUUCACCCUUUGUAUUAGGGAUGUGCCAAUGACUUCAGAUGAACUGCGGUUUGUAAUGGAAAAGAUAAUAAGGUUAGUGAGUGUUCAGUUUUGCACUUUCUCCUCUCUGGUAUAUUUGAGAUUGUUGAUGUCAUGUGAAGAAUCUGGAUUAGACAUAUUCGAUUGGAAAGGUAGGAAGGUUAAAGUUAUUUUAUGUUUGUUUACGGGCAGGACUACUAUGUGUGAAAUGGCCCUUAACUUGUGAUGUUCCUUUGCUAAAUUUAAUUUAUUGUAUCAUAACAAUGUCUUGAUUUUUCAUUUUUACUUUUCUGUAGGGCCAUGAAGGACCUUGAUUUUCAAGAGCUUCCUCCACUCGUCUAUCAGUUAUUGCUUCUCUCCACAAAGGUACACAAUCCUCUUUACUUGGGCCGCUACAUGUAAUUCUAUUGCUUUGUUUUUUUCUGAAAACAUCUUCUCUGUCUUUUUGAUUUAUAACAUUCUUCAUCAGGGCUAGUGAUAAGCUUUUUUGCAAUUGCAAGACAUGAAUGUUCACCCAUGUGUGUGCAAUCUGUCAGAUAACCAGUAUAAGCACAUUUGGUUUCUGGUAUGUGCCUUGUGUCUUCCUGCUCAUAUUAGUAUUUGUUUGUAUUAUCUAUAAGGGUCACAAACAGCUCGUUCUGGAGGGAGUAACAUCUUUUUUUAACAACUUGGAUGAAACAUGUCGCAAGGAGAACAAAGAGGAUAGGUUGGUUAUCUGUGAAUCCUAUUAUUUUCUUUUCAUUGGAUUUCGCUAGUAGUUUCCUUACUCUUUAGAAUUACAGUUUUAGGGUUGAUUUGUGUUGAUGUUUGGCAUUGCCAUUGCAGUUCAGAAGUUCAGACCAUGUCCAAAGACCAGCUGCGCCAUAUGGAAGGAACUGUAGUUCUUCACAUAACAUUUGCUGUAAAACAAGAUCAGGACCUAGGAAAGGAGUUCAUUAAAUAUUUAAAGGUAUUGGCAAAUGGUUCCUAAAGGUGCAAUCCAGUAGUAAAUACACAGCAAUUAUUGUAUUUUGAAAAGCUGAUAACGUAUUAGUGAUUUGUGCCUGAUACAAUUGCAGUUAUUGCAAUAAGAAUUUUUUGAAAAGUUACUUACAGAGUCUUUAUAGAUGGACUUGUUUUGAUUUUUACCAUACUUUGAUCUUUAAAUGAUUACAGGAGUAUAUGAUAAAUGUCAAAACAACUUCAUCUAUAUAGACUCUGCAAGUACCUUUUAGAAUUCUUAUUGCAAUGUCCUCCUGCUCUUGCAGGAAAAGGAAUUGUUAGGUUUUGCACAAAAUGUUUAUGUUGGUUGCUUUAAACUUUCAUGAGUUCAGAGCUCUUGUGUUUUCUGCCCUGUUUUUCUUAACCCAGCACAGCAUUGAAGUUUGAUUAUUCAGCCGUACUACUUUUUGUUUAGUAUUUUCCAGGAUAAAUUUGGGAUUUUGUGAUUUUUGGAUGUUGCUAUAUACUCUUUUUAAGAAAACUCCCACUGAGUUCGAGAAGUAUUAUAUAACAGUAAUGUUGUUGGUCAUUUACUGCCAAGAUAGUUUUCAACCAUAGGGUACAUUGUAUUUUAGGCAGUAAAUCUGUUUAUUGUGUUCUGCACAGGCUCACCAAAGCUGCCCUGGUGUGGUACUGACUCCAUUCAAUAUUGCAUUAGCUCUCUCUAUUGCACAGAUUCAUAGAUUUGAAGAAAUGGUAAGGAUUAACGCCAUGCUAGCUUUUUUUGUUCCCACUCUAUUGGAAUGUGACUUACAAAUCUCAGUUUGGGACAAACAUGAUAAGAUGAAGGCAAGAAAUGGUAAACAUACCUGCAAAUUCGAUGUGGUUUAGCCUCUUGAUUCUUGUCAAAAAACAUCAGUUAGAACAGAUUGCUUGAGGAAACAAAAUAUAUUUGCUGACCAGUCUACUUCAAUCACGUCAACCACCAAAAAAAGUAUUCAUUAAGUAAUAUUAGCAAAACAUUACAAUAUUUAGUACACAUUUGAAAUGUCAAUGUGCUUAAAAGAUUUAAAACUACAAUUAUGACUGUUAUAAAAUAAAUUCUAAAAGUGAACAAUGUGCAAUAUGUUUACUAUUAAUUUUAUUCAAAUAUUAGAUAUUUGACUUUCUGAAGUCAGCUGUACUUAAAAGCUUUAAAGAUGAAGAGAGAAGAAAGCAGUCAAAGUGGGUGCGAGGUGAGCUCCUUGUGCGCUGGUUUUGUGGCAGACUAUUAUAUAUUUCACCAAAGAGAAACCUACUGUGAAAGGUUUGAACCAAGGAGUCAUUUCAUAAGUAGGUUGAGUGUGAUCGUCUGGGUGUACAUAGCACAUACUGCUGUUGACCUCGGAAACGUUUUGCCUUCAGUUUUCUUUGUAGCUGUGUCACUGUGUGUUUGACCUAUUGUCAAUGAGACAAAGGUAUUAAUUUGGGAUUCUGAUCAGAACAAAAUCUCAUUUUAUAAGUUUUGUACGUGUGGCCCAUUAAUUUAGUUAUGCAGAGAGCAGACUUGAUAUUUUAAGGGAUGUAUGGAAAAAUUACCUUUGUCUAGUACAUAAGCUUAACCCUUUAACCUCUAACAAUGAUCAGCCUUUUUUUGCUAUUACGUUAGUGACGACUCUGGCUGGCAAGAGGAUUAAUAAUAUGGUAGCAGUGAAGUAAUCUUCUUUCCAUUUUGAAUAUUUCAUUUCUACCUCAGAAAAUAUCCCUGCAUCUUCCUCUGUUCAGGAUCAGGUACUGGAGACAGUUCAGAACAGGUAAAAGGUCAAAUGACUGUGCUUGAUUUUGUCUCUGUUAACCUGGUGUUACGUUUAUUUAUUUAUUUUUUUCAUCUGAGAGAUUCAAGUAAAUUUAUUACAAUAAUAUUACUCUGUGUGAUUGUUCUAUCAUAGUUUGUUUGGCUGGGAUCAUGUGACUCAAGGGUUGGUGCAGCUAGGUUUCACUCUGAUGGAUGCAUUUGGUCCCAAGAUGUUUGGUAAAUAUUGUGGCACUUUGGUAUUAACCAGACUACAUUAUAAUGAUGAUUGUGGUGUUAUGUAUAACACUCAGUAGUUAAAACACUAACCUAAGGUCAAACUGUCAGCCAAAUUUGAUGGACAGACCCUUACCUCAUGCAGGGGACAGCUGUAGACGGAAGAGGUUUGCUGUGGCAUAACUGUUGCUUUCUCAGGGCUGUUGUGGAAAACAUCUUUGAGCAAAAAUUACAAAAAUGUAUAAGGUCACCAUAGUACUAAAAGUAUUUUAUGUCUGUCAGUGACUUGUGUUUUUGUGCUCUCUUGUAGAUUCUACAACCUUACCGAAUCUGUCUCCAACACAACACUCGUACAAGCUUGGAUCCUCCAUUCUGCUUGAUACUUUCAAGGUAGAUUCUGUACCGCUGUAGAUUUUAUACUGCAGCCUGGCAAGCUCAGUUGGGAGAAUGCCAGUCUGCUUAGUGGAAGGUUGCGGGCUCAAACCUCAGCUGGACCAACACUUUAACACAGGGUCCUUAAGUAACUGAAAAGAAAGAGCUGCCUUUGUAAUGACAUCUGCAAACAGUUUGACUUUCUGUUCUUCUCGGAUAAGGAAGAAAAAACGUAGGUCCCAUCUCACAGCGCUUUCACUUAUCUGGUUCUUGUGGAACGUAAAAGAACCCACACCAUUGUUCAAAAAGAGUAGGGGAUGUAGACCCCAGUGGUGUGGCGAACCUUUCCUGGGCUGGGUGGGUUAUCUGUAAGGAGAGAUCGUAAUUCAGCAAUAACCUCAUGAUCCUCCUUCAGGUGUCAUAAUGGCUACCUGUAAACAGUGUAUGUAUAUUAUAAGUUGGAGCCAAGAGACACUUUUAUUGAGUAAAUUGUGAAUGUGACCUGCCAAUGUUUAUAGACAAUGAAAAAUAAUGACAAUUAAUCUGUAUGUUUUUACACACCUUUUCAGUUUUCUUUGAGCUCUUUAUUGUUAUUUUUUUCAGGCUCAUGAAAUGGUCCGAUCUGAAAUUCUUCAACAAAUCCUGAACAGAGUGAUUACUAAGGCAACUACACCAGUCAAUCACUACAUUGGUAAGAGAAAAUUCUGUACAAUAAAACGUUAUGCUUUAAUGAACACUGGUGUGCUUUACUAGGCAGUUAAGUUCUGAGUGUAUAAUAUUGAGAAGGAUAGGACUGGGAUGUCACAGAAGUUGUAUAGUUUUGAAAUAAAAAGUGUAUAUGUUGUGGUUCAAUUUUAUCCUUGGUUUAAAUUUUAUUUUCCUUUGUUUCAAACUCAUUAUUAUACAUUACCACACCCAAAAACAAAGGAAAACAAAAUUUAAUCCAAGGAUAAAGUUCAGCCACAACAUAUAUACAUGGGGUGAGUUCGCUAAAUUGAAAAGUCCUUCCCGGUGAUUUAUCAGGGCUUUGGAUAAGUUUUUAAACAUAGGGAUACAUUUAUCCCAUAUGUGAUGAGCCAUUCUUCAUCACUUUCUGAAAUAAUACUGUAAAGGACUUCAUGGUGGUUGCUAUGAGCUUGAUAGUGUCUGAAAAGGUUCAGACAUUGUAAUGUCUUUUUCAGAUCUCCUAGCCAGCACUGUUUCUUCAGCACCACAUGUGUUACUGGAAUCAAUGCCAAGGGUAACAACCAUUAAAUUUGAAGCACUUUAUUACAUAAGUAAUAGAAACAGAGAACAAAUCACAGUUGUGAGAGUCCAUCUUGACAAUUCUUCAAAUAAGAUCAUGGAAAGUGCCAGUCAACAAUCCCAAUUUCUUUUUAUUCGCAGUUCACAUGUUUUUUAGGCCUUCACAAACUCUGGAAAUACUAUCAAUAUCGCUUUUCAGAAAAACAUUAUUUUGUAUCUUGAAAAACUUUUUUGCAAGACGAGAACUUGCAGAAGUACUGCAGUAGAACAUAAACUCAGAAUUUUUGUGCAUCAUUACUCUAAGUCAAAAAGUCAGCAUUGUACCAUUUGGGCUGACAAAAGCACCUGUAACACUUCAGUUGCUAAUUUGCUUUUUGACAUAGAAAACCCUUUUUUAUUUUGUAUGAUGAAGAAUUUUCCAUGAGACAAGAAUUUGCAGACCUACUGCAAAACAAAAAUGUUAGAGAAUUUUUCCUGCAUCAUUGCUGUUAGUCAAAAAACCAGCAUUGUACCAUUUGGACUAACAAAUGCACCUGUAACGUUUCAGCAGCUAAUCGUAUCAGGUUGCUGGUUCUGAAGUCUUAAAGUUUGUAGAUAACCUCCAAAACCAUGACCAGCAAAAAUAAAGCAAAUCAAUAGCUGCUCUGCACCCUCCAUGUUUCAGUGGCCUCUGAAAGGGGUUCUGAACUUGUCAGUUCAGCUAUGGAUUACUUUGAAUAUCAUGAGUAGUAAAAAAAUAAGACAAGGUAAUACCUGUUAUUCAGUCUUGUCUAAGAAAUGUUUUUCAACCAAUGUGUUUUCCAGGUUAAAGAAGCUCUGGACUAUCUGUCCUUUUUACCCCCAAAAUCUGCUGAAGGGUUUCUCAAAGCAAUUCAGGUACAGUUAAGAGUUCUUAUUUUUCAAUGUUCAUAUUUUUAUCAAGAGUGAGAAAAAUUUAACUGGCACUCUUUUUGGUGAUGCCAAUGCAUCUUGUGCUACGCUUCAUUAUCCAGUAAAUAUUUUUGAUCAUUGUUUAUCUUGUACAAAAUGUAAAGGUUUUUUUCUUUACAGCCUCUGUUAAAGAUCAGUUUAUCCCUACGUGAUUCACUUAUUCUUGUGUUACGAAAGGCAAUGUUCUCAAGGUAAAAGUCAAAUUACUAUCCCUUCAAUUAUACCAUUUUGCGUCAGUUAAUGAAAUGUGUUACAAUGAACCUCAUAACAUUCUUGGGCAUGUCUGCUCUUUAUGAGGGAUUGAAAUAGGGGUGACUGUGAUGACACUAAGCCGCUAAUGACUUUGUAAAAUUUUCACAGGCAAGUUGAUGCACGUAAGAUUGCAGUAACAGGAUUUCUUCUCAUUCUUAAGAAUUUCAAGGUACAAGCUGUAAUGAGUAUGUAACUGCCGAAGAGAAUAGCUAAUCUCCUUAUUAUAUGGUUCAUAUUCUUGUACGUCUUUUGAAAGUGAAGGGAAUACAGGAGAAUGUUUUGUUUGGGGCCUACAUGCUUAUCAUCUGAAUGAUAUUUCUUAUACAAAAUGUUUGACGGUUGAAUACAUGGGGAAGGUUUAUUUUUAUUAUAGAGGGGAUCUUUGGAGGAUAUCUCUGAGGGGUUAUUUUUCCAUCACAUCUAGAAACAACAUUUUUGAGAGUUCUUAAUUCUGUGGAGUCUUCCCAUAUGAGCAAAUAGCUUAGUCACAGAUGUGAUGCCUUGCAGAUUUUAGGAGGAGGUAUAUCUUCUAGUCAACCAGCCAGCCAAUUGAGUCAAACACUAUCACAUUCUAGUCAAAUCCAAGUGGAUGUCCAUGUCAGAAGCAGUGGAGUGGGCAAUGAGGCUCUGUGUUUGGAGAUACUAGGUGAAUAUAGCACUUGAACAUUUAUUUAUCAGACAAGAGGUGACAUCUGCGAGGAAAUUCGUCAGUAGCCAACGCAACUUCAUAUUAUUUACCUCUGUCAAUGCAGCCUGGCAUUAGGUUAUUUCCUUUUGACCUGGGUCAGCUUAGGGCAAACCUUCUCACCUAGUGAACAUGAAGUUAAGAGCAAUUCCAUCAAAUGGCCAUUGAUCAAAGUAUAGUAAACCCGUUGUUUAACCAGUAUAGAAAGUGUUUUGGGUAAAGUAAACUGAUAUAUAGCUAACGAGAGCUAUUAGUCAGUCACUGAAGACAUUUAGUUGUACAAGUUAUUAGAACCCUGCCAUGGUGGUUCCAUGUUAGUUCUUAUUGUUGUUGUUUUCUGCUUAAGGAAACCUACGUCGAUGUUUGACUCAACAAGCAGACGUCAGGGUGCAAUUGUAUGAGGUAUAGUCUGCAAACAUUACAAUUUCCAUAUAACCAUUUGUACAAAUUUUUAUAUACAGCAAACGUAUGCUUCGGUAAUUAUCUAUCUUUUUUAUCUUCCCAAUGUUUCACUGAUUUCACCAAAUGUAGACUGAUAUUGAGGUCAAACACCUUUCUAGUGUCAGUACAAUGGCUGUGAUUGAACAAUAAUUUCAAAAAGAGCCAGAAAUUCUUUUCAUUUUCGUUUGAAUUGUGGUAAAAUUACUAAUAAAUAACAUAUGCAAGUCAUUGUAACUAUAAACUGAAAUGUUUUCUGUUAGUGUUAUUUUCUUCUUUUUGUUCGUUCCAGGGUUUGUUCCAUGUGCUUUAUAGAAACCCUCAGCUACAGCAGCCAAUUUUAGACAUGUUCUUCAACCAGGUACAACGCAUUUUCUUUUUGUUUUGUAGUUACCAUUACUUCUUUUGCAUUCGGUUAUCUUUUUGUCUGCUUAAAGCUGUGUUGUAGGAUUAGACUUUCAAUCCGACUUAUAUACGUAAUAGCUAAGUUAUUUCAAGAGGAAUUUGUGGUAAGGAUAGGCAUCCUGGCGAGGUACAUGGCUGGCCUUCUACUUAGAGGUAGAUGCUAGAAAGUGCAUAGUCUUGCCCUUACUCUGGCGUUGCCAUUUGGGCUGACAAGCGCACCUACUGUAUUUCAAUGACUGCAAGUAAUAGUGUUGGCCAUGUAAGUUGCAACACCAUACAGUGUGUUGUCAUUGCACCCUUUUAGAGUGAUUGGAUACUAAGAUGUAUGUCAGUGACAUUUCUUUGAUUCCGUGCGUAUCAAACUUCCACCCGAUGACUGUUUUUCUGGCAUGCCUGUGACAAAUAACCUUACGACUGUUUUAAUACAUUAUGUUAUCACAGUUUCAGAGGUAUGUUGAAUCUGAUGAAGAUGUAAAUCCUCCUAUCAAAUUAGAGCCGUGCCUUUCAGCUGCAGGUGAUCAAGUUUACCUCACAGAACCACUGGUACGUUCUUAAAUUUUUACUCCUCGUUGUUCUCAAGAAUAGUGUUUCUUAUUUUGGUUGUUUACAUUACUGUUAGGCCCAUUUGCUGUGUUAUCUUCUACAUUCAAUGGCAAAGUGCAUUGAAAGUUACAACCAGGAAGAGGAUGAGCGGAAUGGUGAGUGUGUUUCUAAUCUUGACCUUUCGUUUUAGCACAGUGCCAGAGCGUCUGGACUAGUCACCAAGUCAUAGGUCUCACUCUUGUGGGAAGAACUCAAAUUUUCCCCAUUCACCUGUUUCACAAACUGAUUAAAAUAACAAUUUGAUUUCGACCCUUGUUCCUUAUAAUGGUUUCAGAUUCUAUGGAGCAUAUUUUGAAUGAACUAGAGGAUCUAUUCCAAUCACUUGUACGUAGGAUGAAUAAAUCUGAAAUGGAAGACUUUGAGCUGGUAAUUAUAAUAUUUUAAGUGGAUUUGGUUUUUCAUGACAUGGGCUCUUUUUGUUUUCAACCUUUUUAUUCAUUUUUUUUUUUCAGGACAAGUCUGCUGAUUUUUCUUUGACCUCAAGUGUUGGUAUCAAGAACAACAUCCUUGCUCUACUUGUUCUUGGAGUUUAUGAGGUAAGCACUCAAGUUGUUGUCAAGUUUUGUCUUUAAAAGCUUCUUUUCGUCUGAAAGUUAUUUCGAUGUUUUAUCCUCACUGAGAAGAGAUUAAGUAGAGCUAACUGUAGAAACCUGACCAGAUGUCCAGUGACAGCAAAUACUCUUGGAGAGUUGCUUUAGUUUUAAGUGUCUCUUUGCAUUUUUUUAUCUCUAAGAAAGAACACCCUUUUGAUUGUCUUUGUUUAGGUUUUAUUCGAGUACAGUUUUGCUGAAGGAGAAUUAAGGUUGGUUACUUUUGCGUGGGCCGUCCUACACCUCUAUGAGCAUAGUGCAUAGUAAAAAAAAAAAAAAAAUAGUGCCCAGUAACUUUGGUUUAAUAAUAUUAUUGCCAGAUCACGAAUUGGAGGAGGAAUUUGCUCUCAGUCUGUAUUGUUAUUGUCAUUAGUCUCGCUUGCGUAAGCAUUUAGAACACAAAAAGGGAGUCAUGCCCCUAGGCGUUUCUGGCGGACACCGUGGAAACUGGGAAUAAGAAACAUUGCGUGACCGAAGCCACGCAUGUUUUGCGAAGAAAGCUUGGGUAAAAUUAAAUUUAGAGCUUUUCCGGAACGGGUCGGCCCACAAAUUCUAUCGCUUGAAAGCGUUGAUUACUUUGGAAGGAGUGAACACUUCAGUGGUCGAAAACAAAAAGAAGAAGAAUUAUCUUAAUUAGCAAAACGUAUGCAAAUGAGUCGGUUUAUUUUCGGCAAUGAUUGAAAUAACGCGCCAUGUUCUCAUCACGUUUUUCACCUCUGGCAAUGAUGUUAGUUCUCUCGAAUCGAGGCCCUUGAAUUUUCGAGUAAUUAAACACGCGUUUGCCGCAGACGUGUUCCGGUCGUUGCUAACACGCGUGCUAAAUUAAUUAGGAAACAAAUCGUCAAAUACGAUAUGAACACUGAAUAUCCUGAAGAAUACUCGACCGUCAAUGAAUUAAAGUAGGAAGUGAAAAACCUCUACCGAGUAAAUCCUGUGUCGUGUAGAAUUAAUCACCUCCUCAUUUCUUAUCUAGUCUCCAAGCAAGCGACACUGACAGCCUGUUUAAGAGCGUUCUUGUUAAUUAUGUUAUUGCUGUUGUUGUUAGUACUGAAUCAACUGAAGAGAUAAUGCAGCUUUUUGGCAAUUAUCACCAGCUGUCUGAGAUCCUGAAGGAAAAAGCAAAUGCAACUGGUAAGGUGGCCUUUUGAUAAAGGCUGGAAUUUAGUAUUAACUGAAUUCUGUAAUUUGUAAUAACUCACACAGAACCUGACUACAUCGAAGUUUUAUGUGUUUUAUUAUGACAGGAAAAAAAGGCCGUGCAGCAGUUGGAAAACAAGGAACCAAAAGCAUGCUGUCUUUGGAGUGCUCAGCAUCCUUGUUAAUAGUAUUAUUCUGGUAUAUAUAAAAAUAAUCCAUUGUCUAGUUUGUCUGUGGUUACAAUGUUGCUAUCUUUGAUUUUUUAACACAAUAUCUUGACCUCUGUUAAUUGUGGAUAUCCUUAGUGAUACAGCUCCAAGCCAUCAACAGGGCCUAACCACGCUGAGAGGCUCUAGAGACCUUAUCAAAUAUGCUGUCAAUACAGCUCUUCAGAAGCUCAAAGAGGUACUUUUUAGCCCACUGCUGAUAAGAAUAUGCAUACCUAUUACUUGCAUCCACAUGGUCAAUGACUUGGCCAAUUGGCCAAUUGGCCCAAACACCUAGUUUACUCAAGACGCACGUAGGAUAUUAGCCUGCGUGGCAAGCGUUUGAAAAGGAAAGGAAAGGGGGUUUUGGGCGCGAGGGAAGCGCGAGGGGCGCACAAGGAGGGAGGGAGCGAGGGAAAUUCCUCCCCUCCCUCCUCGCGCGUCCCCUCGCGUUUCUCUCGCACCUAAAACUCCCUUUCCCUUCCCUUUCAAACGCCUGCCACGCAGGCUAAUAGGAUAUACAAAUACAUGAAAGGACUUCAUCUAAAUUAUACGCAGGUAAAAUGUCUGAAGGAUAGAUGUUAGAGAGCCAUGACGACGGCGACUAAAACGUAAAAAAAUCAGUUAGUGUAAUUAGCAAUUAAAACAACAGAAAUGCAGGUGCAUCACUUGUUUCUCUAGUAUAAGAUUCUUUUGUCAUAAUAUUUGACCAUUGCUAACAUUUUCUUUUCUAUUUUUUGUUGCGGUUUUUCCAGAUCAAUGAAAGUGGCAGUUGUGCUGGUCCUGGUGGCUCUAGCAAGGAACAUAUUUACAAACACUGUUGUACAAUUGCAAGGUUAUGUCAGUUUUGGUUUAUUUACACAUUUUUAAUUUAACUUUUCACGCUUAGAGUAAUCAGCACUAACUUGUCUUUUUAUUUUAGAGUGUUCUGGAAACACAUGAAUGGGGAAAGCUGUUUACAGGAAGACCAUGACAAAAAAGACAAGGUACUGAAAUCCAACCGCGAAGAAGAAAGUUAUUUAUUUAGGCUUUCAAAUAGUGGAUGAUUUUUGAAGAAAUCAAACCAAACGUUAGCACACUUUUUUGUGGGUGAGGAAAUGGGUGAGGAACUAGGAGUUCUAAGAGGUUCUAACAGGGGGAAAUCAUCCAACAGCACCUAAUAUUUCACAAUCGUAAAAAGGCGAAAGAGUGCAAGCGAAGAAAAAAGGGACAGGAGCCGGGAAUGCAAGGUUCGGGAGACGGGAGGCGUGGACCUCCCAGCCCUCCCUCCUUUUUAUGGGAAUUAAGUUUACCUUGCCUUCCUUCCUUCCUUCUUGGUUGUGAUUUCCCCUUGUCUCCUCUAGGUGAAGUUUUCAUAAUUUUUUGGAAAGCAAAAGUCUCUCUAAUCUUUUUUUCCCAGGGUAAAAAAAUCAACAGUUUGUGUGUGGAAGGAUUUUGCAUCGUGGUUAACAUUAUGUGUUGCAUGUACCCCCAGAAGUUGCCCCAUUUCUUGAGCGUAAUAGGUGCGUGGUAAAUCUUUAUUUUGCUUUUAUUUUUUCAAAUGGUUUUAAAACCCUUAACACCUACGGAGUUUGCUGUUUCAAAGACAUUUUUAUCCUUCUUUAAGCUUAUCGAUAGUGUUCUCAUUCCCAAGAAAGGUGACAUAUUAGGUCAUCACAUACUUGAAAACAAAGCACAAUGCCCUGAAAAGCCACUACUGUAGAGGAUACAUUUAAAUCGUCACUUAUACGCGUUUGAUGGAAAAUAGCUAUUGAUUCUGAUGCUGAAAGGCUAAGCACUCGCCUGUGUAUAAUCUUACCCUGGUUCUGGGCCCCCAACGGACUCAACUAAUUACCGGAAGUAUGUUUCGAAUAUGUACCUUCAACCUGACUGGCAAAUUGACAAUGGCUUGUUUAACAGGCCAAUCAUGGCGCUUACUCAAAUCCUGGGACACAGCUUGGGACCCAGAACAAGGAUUUUAGCGCUGGCUCGCAGACGGACAUAACCUGAGGUUUUGUGUCGUCUGUAGCGCUGGUUAGUUAACGACACGAUUUGCCUGCUUAGAGGUAACUGAAAUGGUAUUACAUAACAAGUUAAAAUGGGUGUUGAUGGCUCACUCAUAGACAAGUGUACCUGAUGUAAAAAUACCACUACAUGUACUGCAGUGGUUGUCAUAAUUGUUUUAUUAUCUUAGACUCAAACCAGGAUAAAGACAAAAGUUCAACUGAAGAAACAACCAACCAAGAUGACGUUUAUUCACAAAUAAAGAAAUUCCAGGUCUGCAACACUUUUUUUGUUGAUUCUACCAGUGCUCAUAUUGCGUAACAUUUCGUUAUUUUGUUUUGUAGGUUAACGCAUUUCACGGUUACCGGUCGAUUCGAUACACCAAGUUAAUUCCUUCAAGGUGUAAAUAAUUUCACGUACUUCGCUUAAAGAGCGAAGAAUAUUCACCCAAAAUGUUUUUCUUGUUCAAUUGCAAACUUUACUUGUAGUGAUCGAAAUUUUUGUGUAAUUUCACUGCUUGAGUUUGUAUCGAAACGACCGGUUUCGCAUUUCACCACAGCAGUGCCUUGUGGUCAUUCCGGAGCUCGAAAAAAGUCCCGUAAGGUAGCCCAAAACGGGUAGAUUUUUUGCGGGAUCAUGUGCUUCUAUACAAUUGUGGAAAUGCUAAUGAGAUACUGGCUAAAUAACUAACUGUAAAAUAGUUACUUCUGAACUUUAAAAUGACCGUCGAACGGUCGAAACGUGGUUCGUAUUUAACGUUAAUUUUUAUGGUGAAAUCCGCUUUAAAAAAUUUGUUGAUUCGAAGUAACUUUUUUAGCUUACUAACCGGAUGAGCGCGAGUCCAGAUAAGUCAUCCGCUAACAAAAUCAUUAAGCCCUAAGAGUGAUCAGCAUCAAAUUUCUCCUUGUAAUAACAAUGCUUUGUAAAACUUAGUGGUCAUAAGAAUUACAGACAUGAUCACACAAGAUGAAUUUGCCUUAUAUUUUAUCAACUUCUCCCCUCUACUUCUGUAGGAAAUGAAUAGGUGCAGCAAAUGAGAAUUCAAAUUUUGAUCUAAGGGUUUAAAGGGUUAAGGUGGCUCGAUAGGGUUUUUUCAUUGUCAAUACCUCCCAAGUUUGAGCAUAAGCUACGUCGUCAUUAACAAAGAUUUGGAAAAAUUAUUACCACAUCUGUAUUAGAUAAAGAUGAAAAUUCGUUUUGAUCAGGGUUACAAUGACAUCGGAGUUGUCGUGGCAUCGAAAUUACGUCAUAUUUACAUGCAGCCGUAUUUCUCGGCACUGGGAACUCCUCUUUCAAAAUCGUUCUCGGGAGCUUUUUCCUCUAAUAGCCGCGUCGAUGUUCGUGAAGUUAAAGCGAAAUCCAUAAAAGCGUUAUCGAGAUAUUUUGGGAUGAAGGUAUUUAUGGUUAGAAAUAUAACGGUAAAAAUUGGACAAUCUUCAUAUUUGGUCGUUAUCUGUAGAAAAUGAAGCGCUUUGCCUUUUGAAAUGCAAUUUCACCUCAUAGUAGUUUCAGUCUUUUUAAAAACGUGUGUGAAAGAAGUUCAUAUUUUGAUUUUCAAACGUUUGUCUCCAGCGUUUGAUCAUCAGCAUCAUCUCGUCACCUGAUGAGGACGGUGACAUAAGUCUGAAGGACACUCAGUCACUUGUUACUGUCAUCUCACUAUUAGCACAGCAUUUGGAGCCAGAUGGACAAGAGGUAAUUAAAAAGUUGACAUUCGGACGGCUUUGUGUGGUUCCCUAGCCCUAUGAAGCAACUUAAUUACCCAUUCUCUGUUUUGCCCCCAUUUCGGAGUCUAUACUCUGCCUUUUUUUCCUCCCAUUUAUCGUUUUCCCGUUCCGGUUGCUUACUGCCCUUCACCCGAUUUAUUGACAUCCUUUACAUUUUUUGUACAUAGUUUGCGCAGUUACAGACCUGGGUACACAGAAUAUGUGCAGACCACAAUGUUGGUGAGAAAUAUAAUUUCUUUUUCAAGAUUAUUGUGAUCCCGCUCUUGUUUCAAGUGACCUAUCUGGCUAUUGGGCAUCCCUUGGGUCAUCUGGUUCAUGUGCUCUAUCUGGUAUGUCUGGAUCCCCUGGCUCCUGCAAAAAACAGAUAUGUGUUAAUGUACCAAAGAUAUCCGUAAUAGUUAGGGGUGUUCGUAUCGUUAAGGUCUACAAAAUAAGAGGUUUCACUGUAUUCUCUAUCUAACUACUUUUUUGUAGAUGAUCCUUCACUCACCAAGUGUUUAAUGACCCUGCUGUACUCUCUUACACUGCAGUCAAAAACAAGCGCAGGAUUGGUAAGUUAAAAAAAAAGAACGAAAGCUUUUCACUGUUUAUCAUACUAAGUCUACGGCUAAACAUGAACUUUAUAUAUCUUUAUAUAUGAACUUUAUAUCUUACAGGACCUGCAUUGAUAGCAGUUUUUUUCCUAAAACUGAAGCAGCAAUCCUGCAUAAAUAUGUUUAAAUUAUUAUUAUUAUUAUUAUUAUUAUAAAUGUCCUUUGUGCCAAACCAAUGCUGUUCAUCCAUACACAUCAUGUUUCUUGUCAUGUCACAUCAUCUUUAUAUCAUGUUUCAAGUUGUUUGUGCUGUUCACUUCACUGCUAUUCGACUUCCAGGCAAAGAAGCAAGUCUCUUUGACUCCACUCCAAGGUAACAGGAUGUAAUUCUCUCUCUCAUUGCUGUAGGUUCGCGAUAUUGCUCAAGACGUUCAUAGUCAGCUUGGAGAUGUUGAUGAGGUACAGCAAUUCAUGUAGUACAGUUCAUACAGUUUGGGAGUUGUACAGUAUCUUCUGAGGCCCUUAUAUGGAGAAAACCUGUCCCGGGUAAAAGGGUCACAAUCCCAGCCGAAUCAACUGUAGUGUGCGUUUACAUGCGAAAAACGUUGACCCCUUUGACGUAUCAACCGCCCUCGCGCGUGCUCUGAUUGUCUCGCCUUGACUGAGUUGACUCGGCUGGGCGAACCAAAACGUUUAUGUGGAGUUGGCCGGGCUAGAAGGUAGACCCCAUCACCACAAAGUAGACAGUACUUUAACUAUUUUUUAAAUAUAUUUUUUUUCGGUCUGAGAACGUAUCGCAAACAGGUUAUGCAAUGCAUUCCCGUUUCUCCAUGGUCAAUGUUUUUUCCAAAACAGCGCCCAUAAAGUGGAAAAAAAGCAAAAUAUAUUUAGCUACGUCACGAAAUGGCGAUAAUGACAAAAAACCAAUACGCGAAACACUAACAUACGAGAUUAACGAUGCAAGUCUUAACUCCACCACAGUACCCUUGUUCGAAAUUUCUCAGAGAAAUCAAACUCAGUCAUUCUGUAUUCCCUUUCAGGAAAUUGAAGUUGAAGACAGAACUCAUUUUGCAAUCGUUAAUCCUAGAACUGCGGCGCCAACUGUAGCAGUAAGUCCAGUCCAGUAUAUUUUGCCAAUUCAGCAAUCCUGUUGCUAUGGAGUUGCAUUGUUGAAUUGUCGUUCGAGGUAUCGAGUAGGUCAGCGGUUGUCAUGCGGUUUUGGCGGCCCUUCAGCGGCUCCGUCAAUUUUUGUAGUUUUUGCUAUGUUUUUCAUCUUUUUUUUUUCUUUUUCGCUCUUUUGUGUUGACAUGGUACCGCUCUAACCUAAAGUUAUCUGUUUUGUGGUGUUCUAUUUUAUUUUUAUUAAUUAAUUAAUUGAAUUAAUUAUAUUUCCUUCGUCUUUAUCCUUCGCGUGUCACAACCCUAUAGAAUGUAGUCUAAUUAUUGUUACUUCUCAGCUGGUUUAGUUUUUUGCUAUUCUGGGUAGUUUUUUUUUUUGCCUGAUUUACUUUGAUUUAUUCUUUAUUUUGUAAACGUUUUUAAGUUGGCAAAUAAAAUGGUUGGUUGUUGUCAAACAAUUCAGCGAAACCAACUUUCACUUGCGUACUCCUCUUCGUUUUUUCCAAAUGGAAAGAGUUUAUCACUAAGUAUUUUGAAAAAAUUAUCCUUGGAGCUUGUGCUAAUGGUCAACUUUAAAAUUUGCAUAGCUGCUACUGGUGAAUCAGAUUGAGAAAAUUGUGGAUGAAAUGGAAUGGGCACUAGUAAAGGUCAAAGGCGACACCAUAUCAAACGUAACGGGUACAACAGGUGAGAUGGGAAUAGUAUACGUGUUACCUGUAACUCUCCCUAAGGGCCUGUUUACCUGGAGUUGGGGGACCCCAGGUGGGUGAGGUAACCCGCUUAGGUGGGGUAACCCGCCUGUCCAUAUAAUCCCUUAUGUGCUUGCUACCUCAUCUACCUGGGGUCCCCCACCUCCAUGUAAACAGCCCUAAGAGUAAGGGCAAAUAUUCACCCAAAAAGCACCGUACCGUCCCAGCAACAAUGCGACCCGUUUUGACUUUUUUUUUACCUUGGUGAUAUGACCGAUUGAAAAGGGAUUUAGCCUUUGAAAAUCAACUUUCUUUGCGUCCUUAUGCUGUCGUGAAGGAUUAAUUAAGUGCUAGGCGUUGUCCCUUUUGUAAACGGUCGUUGCCAUUUUUAAGACACAUAGCUGAUUUUUCACCUGUUAAUGAGAGUGUUCCUAUUAAAAAGAAAGAAAAUUACAACCCGGGGUCGAACCCGGAACGUUAACAUGGGUUAAUAUUGUUUAGAGGACAAGGUUCCAAGUUCCUCUGAAAGCUGUCCACGUGGUGUCCUAGGGCAAGCUAUUUGCCACCGUCUCUGCACGGUUGUUGCUGCUCUUCAUGAGCUGUCUCAGUCUGCUCUUCCAGAAGGUCCGUGUACGGAAGCCGCGCUCAAGGUAAGUGCGAGUUCUGCACGUGUGACAUACGAAUUUCUGGUGGCCCUUUUUUCCCUGGUCACUAUGGCCGUGCUUUCCCGUUGAAAAUACUCCACUUAAAACAAGAGCUGUCUAUUCCAGCAGGGUUCGUACAUGUAAUAGAGAACCUGGAAGGUCAUGAAAUUUAAUUGUUGGUCCUUGAAAGUCAUGGAAAAUUAAAGUUUUUUGUGGUAGAUUAGCUACUUCAAAUGACGGGAAGGGACAAUGUAAGAUAAUUUAUAAAGAGUAGGAAUUAAACAGUGCGAACAGCACGCUUUUUUGUGGACACCAGAGUUUGUAUCUGUCCUUUGACCUUUUUAAAGGUCAAAGGAUACUCUAAAAAAAAAAAACAACUUGAAAGUGACAGCUAAACCUAUGGUCAUGGAAAACUUGAAAAGGUCAUAGAAAAAGUCAUAAAAAGUCAUGGGAUUUGAAGAGCUCAAAAGAAUAUGAAUUCUGUUAAAACAAAAGCUGUCUAUUCCGAGUGUAAAUUUCAUUUGCAUUUAAGCAAAAGUUAUUAUUUAGUCGUAAAAGAGAUCACUUCUGGCACUUGGUGUUUUUUAGUCACGUGGUACUAAAUCCGGCCCUCUGUUUGGCUGGCGUCGGAAGUGACCUGUUUUACUUCUGUAGUUUGUCUUCUUCGGUACUGCGGAAAGGGUUUAGUUUAGUGUUUUUUCUUUGUAGGUCCUGACAAAAGUGUAUAAUACCCUUGGUGCUCUUGCAAAAUAUGUAAGUGAAAAUUAAUCACAUUUCUUAAUUACACCUCAAUUUUGAAGUUACAGCAAGGAGCCCAAAAUUCUGACCACUUUUGAUUUAUUCACAUUCUUUUGUACAGAUUUAAUCCAAUCAGAAGCCAGCUGGAAACUGUCCUCGAUUUCUGAUUGGUUAAUGUCUGCAUGAAAGAAUAUGAGUUAAUUAAAGGAGGUCACGCUUUUGGGCUCCUUGUUGGCUGAGUCAAUAGCGGUUAGGCUUUUUCAUGCCAAAUACUAUCUCAAGAAACAGAAGUGUAAAUUGUGACUGGACUGGUAAAAUUUCGUUGUUUCCUUCUGUAAGAAUUCUUUUGGUUGUCGUUUUCAUUUUUUUGGCACUAAUGAUAGCUUCUUCAGUUUUUAAUACAUUUUUAGUUGAAAUGCCUAGUAAGAGGUAGACUACGAGUAGUCCCCCAUUUUUCCUCAGGAAUAGUAGAGCGAGCAAAACGCGAGCGCGCUUGAAAAUCAGCCCACGCGAGAAAAGGCGACACGCGGCGGGAGAGAUUUGCUCGCUCUACUAUCCCUGGGGAAAAAUGGGCGACUACUCGUCGUCUAAGUAAGAGGUCGACAAGUAAAAAUCUCUGCUUAUUUUGUUACGUUGUUCGUGGUGAUUACGUGGCGCAAUGUUAUUUGUUUGUGUUGUAGUACUUGUCCCUAUACAGUCAAAGACUUGGCUAUCUUCCAGCAAAGUUUGAGAAAUUGGUAAGUGACUGUAUAUUGCAAUCUGUUGAACGAACUGGAACUUGUAUCAAAGACGUGUAAGAGGUGUAAAGAAAGAGAAAACGCUUUUAGUUGGUUUUUGGAUUUCACCUUUGUUCGGUUUUCAAAGUGACAUUACGUGGGAACGCACAUAGCGCUCGAAGGGUCCGGACGUGCCUGGAACAACUCCGCACGUUUUCAACUGCGAACUAGUCGCUUGUGCGUUGUAUUUGCAAAUAUUUUUCUAAUAAAGUUGAGUUGAGUUGGGGAACCCAGAACCAAUGCACUUAUAAAGAAGCCUUUUGACAUUAGCUUCUCAAACUCAUUAAUUAUUCAUGCAGUCAAAAGCCAAUAAAUUGACCGUGUAGCUGUUUAGUUCGCUUAAACUUCAUGUAUCUCAAACGCUGAACAACUCUAAUAAAAAUCAGAUCAGGUUUAAAUUCCAUGAGUGUGCAAAAGUGGACGAGAUUGCAUGAAAGUUCCGGCCAAAGGAGAAAAGAUUUCCUUGGUCCGACUUUAUUUUAUCAUAAAUGAGUAUUACAUAGCACUUCCCUCAGCUUGUAUUUUCUCUGAAGGUAAAAAUGAGCGGCACUCACUUGUCCCAACAAGUCUACGCCCUUCUCACGUACAUUCAGGCCACUCAAACUCAGAGCCUUCUGGAACAAAGUACCACUGCUAAGAACAAAGCUAAAGACAGGAAAAAGACAGCCAAGGGACAAAAUCUGUCCGGAAAGGUAAACUUGUUUUUACUUUUCAUGUCACCAACUAUUGAUUGCAGAAUGGCUGGGUCUCUAUAAUGAAGAAUGUCGACUAAAUGCAAGGAGUUGUAGCUAGGACUUUUCAAAGGGGGUUCUCACUAAAUAAUAGAUGAAAUGAUAUUUGUGGAGAGAAGAAGACAGAAAAAAAAAUUCUGAGUUCCAGAUGGGAAUUGAAUCCACGACCUUCCGCACACUAGUCGGAUGCUCUAAUCACUGAGCUACCGAGAACUCAGUGGUGUGCAGAUCAAUUGUUGGCUGACAUAACAUUACGUUAUGUCAAGUGAACACACAAUAUUAACUGCAUCGCGCAGUCACGUAAAUACUCUUAUGAGCAAUGAAUAACGAAUGAUAUGUGUGGAGAGAAGAACACAGAAAAAGAAUUCAGAGUUCCAGAUGGUAAUUGAACCCACGACCUUCCGUACACUAGUCGGCUUCUCUAAUCACUGCCGGCUAAAAGCAGUAACGCGAUUAAACAUAACGUUUCGGCGAUGACAACAUUAGUUAUUUCAUUUCUGUUGUUUCUUUAUAUUUUAAUGUAUUGUUUCACACCUUCGAUUUCUCUAUAAGGUCGAACCUCCACUAAAGGCCACCUCUCUACAACGGCAACUUUCUUCUGUCCUCAAGGUGGCCGUUGUGGAGAGGUUCAACUGUAAAUCGUUUAUCGUUUGCGUUAUUUGCAUUUGAUAAUGGUGACAUAUUGUCGCCGAAACGUUAUGUUUUAAUCGCGUAACAUUUUAUGCUUAAACAAUGGAAAGGUGCGUUAAAGGAUUGGUAAUUAUAUGCGAUUUUUCUUUUUUCAGGCGAAGGUGAUGAAGGAAGUGAAGUCGAUACCAAAUCUGAUUUAUGCAAUCGAACAAUAUGAACGCUACCUGAUACAGUUGUCUAAAAAGUCCAAGGUAAAUUCACGUUAAUUCUUGUGUAUGAGGAGAUCUUUCGUUUUCCUUAACUUAAAAGAAAAUUUUCAUAUUAACUCUGAAGGAUGGGUAACACGGGGUAGCUUAAGCAACCACGACGUCGACGGCAACGAGAACGGCAAAAAAGCAAUAGGGUUAAAUUAGCAAACAACAACUUUGCACGUGCUUCAGGCUUUUUUCUACGUUCCUUAGCCGUCGCUGCACGACUACAACGUGAAAGUGCCUAAUUUCACGUUUUGUCGAGGAAGGGGACACAAGACAAAAACUUUGUUUUUUCUUUUCCUGAACAGUCGUUGAUUCAGUCGUUUAGAAUUCAUUUCCAAAAACAUUUGACGAAUUAAACGAGAUGGAAUAAUCGCGAUAAAGUUUGAGGCAGCGCGACUUCACUAUUUAAGUGACGUUUUCGUAGCCGUCGCGGUCGUUGUUGCUUAAGCUCCCUAAUAUUAAAGCUCUACUUUCACCUACUUCCCCAUCUUUUGACCGCCAUUUUGAAUUUUUAAGAUGUCCUUUGGUCGCCGCUUAUGCUCAACAACUCUCCACUUUAGAAACGAGAAGGAAGCCUCGCAAAGACUUCUGGGACUGCUACUAGGGGCGGGAAAAAUCGGCCAAUAGCUGAGCGGCGCGUCCCCAGUAACCAUCCCAGUACGCCUUGUCAAAGGAUGACAACCGAGCCACUUUGAAUUUUUGAACUUCACCAUCUCUCGCCUUCCUCAGCUCCUCAUCCUCCCGCAAGAUCAUUUGGCGUGUUUUUAUUUCUUUUGCCAUUGAGUUAAAAAUAUCAGCCAUAUGAUGAUAUAAUGUACUUCGCAGAUCAACUUAAUGGAACACUUCAAACGUAGCACAGCAAGAGAUUUUCGCAUUAAUGGUGCCACAUUAGAAGCUGCCCUGAGAGAAGAGUCCAGUGAUGAAGAGGAAGAUGAUGAACAUAACGCCGAUGAACAAGAUGAGGUAAGUUUAAACCAACGAAUUCUCGCCACUAUAAUUACCAAACGAGAGGAACGCUGGGUCGAGUUAACUUUCGCAAAGACUUCUGGGAAAGUCAGCUGACCGGCGUGUCUCCAGUAACUAUCCCAGAAACAAUUGCGAGACACAUUUCGGCACCAGUCCCCUUAUCGCUUCUCAAGUGGACGUGUUUCUGAGUUAUGUCUGGCCGAGUGAUUUGGGCGCUGGGUUAUAACGCUUUUACCACAAAUUGUGUCAUUAGAAAGCAAACACUGGCGUUGGGAAUCUCUAUGAACUUACGUCCUCGUUAACUCUGACUUGAUGCUUCUGAGCUUACUACAGACAGACAUACGCUUUAUUUCAGCAGGGAGUUUCUUCAAUUUUUCUGUAAUUUAAUUAAACUACCAUCUUCUUGGCGAGGCUUGGUACAAAUUUUAAAAAUUAUUGAAAUCCUUGUACUACCAUAAGAACUUAGUGACUCAAAUAAAAAAGCCAAUUGCCGUAUAUUUUAAAAUCUUUCUCAUAUUCCGCCAAUCGAGAAGACAUCGAGCGUAAACCAGUUUUGGUAAAGGGAACUGCCUACCUUGUUCUCCUGCAAAACUCUGUUUUGUGAUCACAUUGGUUAUUUGUUGUAAAUAAAAGGUUUUUCUCUUCGCAUUUGUUAAUCAAGCUAUUUAUAAAGAAAACAUGCUUGCACUAUCUGCUUGUAUUAUUAGUACCAGAGUGAAUUAACAUAAUAAAUAUAAUAAAAUAAUAUAUAAUAAAAUAUUUAUAUAGCGCUUAUACUUUUCAGUUCUAAGCGCCAAAACAAACAUCUCAUGGAACCAUUGGUCUCCGUCUGGGCAAUGUUCUGUGCGACUGUUUUAAAUGAGAACUCUUCAGUUUUCAGUUUUCAAUUUUAAAGAACAAAAGUUAGAAUUGUCUCGAAUUUUGAUUUGGAGAACUAUCUUCUAAUUCACAGAACAAGUCUCAAGAGGAGGAAAGCAAGGAGCCCCCGGCGAAAAAGGGAAAACUCAUGGAAACAAACAAAAAAACAAGCAAGCUUAGUUUAAAGCAAAAAUCUUCAAAACAGCCACUGUCUCAAGGAAACAAGUAGACGAACCUGCGGGUCUUGCUGUUGUGUUGAGCAUAACGAUGCUAAUAGAGUCAGAGUAGAAUCCAUUUCAUGCAAAUUACGGAAAAGUUCUCAGCCUUAUGAGAGUUUUAAGCCUUUCCGGAGCGAUGAGUCUUUUAGUCAAAUACAGUAAAAAACCUCGACUAAGCACCCGGGUUUAGUCCCAAGUUAGCCCAAACAGGUUCUUGCAUAUUUAGGUUCUUAACCCUUUAAGCCCUAAGAGGGAUCAGCGUUAAAUUCUCCUUGUAAUAUCACUGCUUUAUAAAACACAGUGAUCAUGAGAAUUGAAGGCCUGAUCACACAUGAUGAAUCUAAUUGAUACUUCAACAAAUUCUGCCCACUGCUUCUAUUGAAAACAUGUAGGGACAACAAGUGAGAAUUUGAAUUUUGAUACUAGGGUUUAAAGGGUUAAAUACGUUCUCAUUUUGAGACGAAAAUAUACGUUGUAGUUCUAAAAGUAUUUAGUGGUAUUCAGCUCAUUCCUUAUGUAAAACCUGCAUACCAUUACCAUUGCCUGCAUUGCAGCCCUCUUCUCCCAAGAGGACCCUGAAUGUUGACUAACCUUACUUGCCCAAGU